AUGUCGCCGAAGCGACGGACGAUCCUUGAGCUAAUUCGCACCGGCCACGGCAUUAACCUCAGUGCUUCCCGCACCCAUCUGCCCUCCCCCUUUAGACCCACCGAGCCCAACAAGCCCUCUGACAAGGCCAAACUUCCCCCUAUCCUUGACGUCUCGAUGUUCCCGCAUCUCGUCGAGGAGCUCCUUCUUCAUCUCGACCGCUCGACGCUCAAGAGCCUACGUGGUGUGCAUCGCUCCCUCCGCGACUAUGUUGACAUGGCAACCCUCGUCAGAGCCACUCUCACACCCCAGGGCUUCCUCCAGACCUACCUUGGCAUUAACCUCCGUAUGGGGCUUGGUAACCUCGACGCUGCCCACGCCUCCCGCAUCCGCCAUCUCAAGACCAGCGAGCUUACCCACGGCUGUGGCAAUCUUCUCGGCUGCAUUCCACCCGACCUCAAACUCGAGAUACUCGAAUGCGGAGAGCACAGCCCAUUGAUUCCUGCCCCCCUGGUCAUCACCACAACUCGUCUCUUUGGAGCCGAGCUCAAUUUUACCACUCCUGAAGGCUUUAAACUCCACAAGCCCGUCCGUGCGGCUUUAAAUCCUUGCGUAGCAGCCGAGGAACUCGUCUGGAUAUUCCAAUUCAAGGACACGAAGAACUGGUGGCACUCACGUUUGCGCAGCGUUGACUCGUUCUACCCACACUUUGAUACCCAGUUCCUCGGCAACCCUUACGAUCAGCUAGAGCCCAACAGUCUGCACGGCGGUGCCAAGCUCCGCUUUCCAUCUAAUGUUAAGCGCGUCCAGUUUCGUGCCGAGCACGUGCCAGGAGAGUCAUUCUCUUUGAGGUGGGCGGAUCAGAUGGUUUACCCUGUUCUGCAGGGCCUUGCUUGUAUGAUCGCCGACCAGCUUGACGAUAUCGACUUCACAUUUGUGGGAAACUGGGAGUUGACCUGGAUCGGCCCCAUUGACGCUGAGAACCUCACUUUCAAUGACAUGUUCACCCUGCUGGUGGCACAGAGGCGCGCGGAGAUGGACAAGAUGGACGGCAUCACCCAUGUUUUCGGGGAGGAACUGAGCGCGUUGAUGUUCGCGGACUAUGAUGAUACAGCAGAGCUCAAGAUCAGCCAGAUUGUUCCGGGCGCUUGGGUUUAG